UGAGAGUAGAAGAAGAAUAUGAUGCAGUGAGGCGUACGAGCAAUACCAAAGUAACUAUUAAACAUUGACGUCAUUCAUGUGAAGAGUGGAUUUGUUAGCCGUCAGCUGGACCUGACCUCUAACCUCACUGUGGGAAGCUGAAGAUCAGGCCAUUUACUUUAAAUGAAUUGCAUAUUGUUGAUACAUUGAAGCCCAGACCUGCUUGGGAAACGUUGAUGCUGUUGUCAGCAUGGCUUCGUCCUCCAGCUUUGCCCCUCCAAAACUGGCUGACUUCAUCCUCACAGAGCGGCUGGGCAGUGGCACCUACGCUACAGUUUACAAAGCCUACAGGAAGGGAGACAGUAGAGAAGUGGUGGCGGUGAAAGUGGUUGCAAAGAAGACCCUAAAUAAGGCCUCUACAGAGAACCUGCUCACAGAGAUUGAAAUCCUCAAGACUGUGCGUCACCCUCAUAUAGUCCAGCUCAAAGACUUUCUGUGGGAUGCUGAAAACAUUUAUCUGAUCUUGGAAUGGUGUUCUGGAGGAGAUCUUUCCCGCUUCAUCCGGAGUCGCAGGAUCUUACCUGAGAGAGUGGCUCACCGUUUCCUGCAGCAGAUAACCUGCGCCCUCCAGUUUCUUCAUGAGCGAAACAUUUCACACCUGGACUUGAAACCACAGAAUAUCCUGCUCAGCGGUUCUGUCCUCAAACUGGCAGAUUUUGGCUUUGCCCAGUACAUGUCACCAUGGGAUGAGCAGUGUGUCCUGAGAGGCUCUCCUCUCUACAUGGCUCCUGAGAUGGUCUGCAGGCGGCAGUACGACUCCAGGGUGGAUCUCUGGUCAGUAGGAGUCAUUCUCUAUGAGGCUCUGUUUGGGCGGGCACCGUUCGCAUCAAGGUCAUACGCUGAAUUAGAGGAUAAGAUCCGGAGUAGCCAACGUAUCGAGCUCCCUCCAGGGGCCAGGGUAUCCAAGGACUGCAGGGACCUUCUGUUGCGGCUGCUGGAGAGAAAUCCAGAUGCCCGGAUCACCUUUGCAGAGUUUUUCACCCACCCCUUUGUGGAUUUGGAGCACAUGCCAAGUGCAGAGAGCCUUGGGAAAGCGAAAGCGCUGGUCAUGCAGGCUGUUCAGAAGGACCAGAACGGGGAGAGAACCGCUGCCCUGUCUUUUUACUGCAGCGCCCUUGAGCACUUUGUUCCUGCUAUUCACUACGAGACAGACCGACAACGUAAAGAUGCCCUCAGGCAGAAGGUCAGCCAGUAUGUGUCCAGAGCGGAGGAACUCAAAGCCCUGGUGGCCUCAGACAACAGACUGAGCUUUGAGGAGGCCCGAACCUCCAGGGAUAUCCUCCGAGAAAUGUCUCGGGACCAACCGCGGCUGCUGACUGCUCUGAAUAUAGCCUCUACCGCCAUUGCUAAGGAGGAGAGCGGAGUGGAUGAUCAUGAGGCUCUGGAUGUGUACCAGCAGUGCUUAGGAGAACUCCUGUUGGUGCUUGCAGCUGAGCCCCAGGGCCGCAGGAGAGAGCUGCUCCACGGCGAGAUUAAAAGCCUCAUGACCAGGGCUGAGUACCUCAAAAAGCACAUCAAGAUGCAGGAGACUCAGAGGGAUGUAUCUCUGGAUCGAGAACCUCUUGGAGACUCCGUAAGAAGCUCCUGCUGUUUGCAGUAAGCUCGACAGGUACCAUGGCAACCAGCUAGGGUGCCCCACAGAGCAUGUCUGUUUGUACACAGAGCCAAACCUCCACCUGACCAGGUUUCUGCCUGGGCCAAAUCAAACCUGCAUCACACCUCACCCUAACCAACUACACACACUGUCCGGGUGGGAAACUACAGUCGCCUGCCAAAUGUGGCCAAUGUUUUGGUUGUUGCUGGAAAGUUUUUUUUUCUAUCAGUUGAUUUGGCAGGUAGACAAUUUGUGUUUAUUAGGAUUGAAGGGGGAAAAAUAUAGGAAAAUACUGAAAGUUGCUCUUGAAAAUUUUGUAUUUGCACACCAGCGAAUGUGAAAGUGAGUUCCCUGCUCUUUACACUGUGUUGUUGCACUGCUUAGCCUCAAAUCCCUCCUCCUGACACGCCAUUCAUAUGUAAAUGCUGGACAGCUUGUAUGACAAUACCACACUGUCAUGGUAAACGAGUUAAAGCGAGACUUUUACAUUUUGUUUUCAGCCCACGACAUUCAGCAAGUAUUUGCAGCACACCCAAAAACUGUGAAAACAUGAAAAUAGACUAAAAUUGGACCUGUGACGUGAAUAUGUGUCCCAACAGUUUUCAACUGUAGUAUUAAAUGUAUUAUAUUGAGGCUUCUGCAAACAUGCAGAUACUCCCUCAUCCCUCCUUCCCCACUGCCUUUACUGUGGGUCAACCACAGGCUCACCAUGCUCUCUCCACUGAUGGAGCCCUCUCCACCACUAUGAGGGGAAAACUGGAGAGGUGCGGCCUCUGCCUUAUUUACACUAGACUUGCAUUUUCUUAGGUUUGGCACUGGCCGAGUAUUUGAGGGAUAUAGUGAGUUGUAGCGCUCAAGCAAAGCCUUCAUAACUAGGCCUCUGUGAAACGGUAAAAAGCUUAACAGCCAGUGGCAGGCUGAUAAUCCUCGCUGUUGUAGGUCUUCACUGACUGUUUUGAUUUCAAACAGGUAAAGUGCUUGAAUAUUCCAAAAGCUUUAACUAUAAGGCAACUGAAGAAAAUACCUGGAAUAGGAGACAAGGGAGUAAAGUAUAAGUAUGUCUGCUGGCAAGAGUUCCACACUGCUGUGUUGUUUUAUUUUAUAUUGGAAUGUUUAUACAGCUGUGAUUUUAUAAUGUACUGUAUUUAUUGAA